CCGCGCCCCUGCGCGCCCCGCCGCCGCGGCCCGCCCGGCCCCAGCAUGGAGACGGCCGAGAAGGAGUGCGGCGCCCUGGGCGGGCUCUUCCAGGCCAUCGUCAACGACAUGAAGAGCUCCUACCCUAUCUGGGAGGACUUCAACUCGAAGGCCACCAAGCUGCACUCCCAGCUCAGGACCACCGUGCUGGCUGCCGUGGCCUUCCUAGAUGCCUUCCAGAAAGUGGCCGACAUGGCCACCAACACCCGAGGGGCCACGCGGGACAUCGGCUCGGCGCUCACCCGCAUGUGCAUGCGCCACCGCAGCAUCGAGACGAAGCUGCGGCAGUUCACCAACGCCCUGCUGGAGAGCCUCAUCAACCCGCUGCAGGAGCGCAUCGAGGACUGGAAGAAGUCGGCCAACCAGCUGGACAAGGACCACGCGAAAGAGUACAAGCGAGCCCGGCACGAGAUCAAGAAGAAGUCGUCGGACACCCUGAAGCUGCAGAAGAAAGCGCGCAAAGAGCUACUUGGGAAAGGAGACCUGCAGCCGCAGCUGGACAGCGCCCUGCAGGAUGUCAACGACAUGUACCUGCUGCUGGAGGAGACGGAGAAGCAGGCCGUGCGGCGGGCCCUGAUCGAGGAGCGGGGCCGCUUCUGCACCUUCAUCACCUUUCUGCAGCCUGUGGUGAACGGCGAGCUGACCAUGCUGGGCGAGAUCACCCACCUGCAGGGCAUCAUUGACGACCUGGUGGUGCUGACGGCAGAACCGCACAAGCUGCCUCCCGCCAGCGAGCAGGUGAUCAAGGACCUGAAGGGCUCGGACUACAGCUGGUCCUACCAGACCCCGCCCUCGUCACCCAGCAGCUCCAGCUCCCGGAAGUCCAGCAUGUGCAGUGCCCCCAGCAGCAGUAGCAGUGCCAAGGGCGGCGGAGCCCCAUGGGCUGGGGGCGCCCAAACAUACUCACCCGGUUCCACCUGUCGCUACCGCAGCCUGGCACAGCCGGCCAACGCCACGCGCCUCUCCAGCGUCUCCUCCCACGACUCCGGCUUCGUCUCCCAAGACGCCGCCUACUCCAAGCCCCCCUCGCCCAUGCCUUCAGACAUCACCAGCCAGAAGUCCUCGAGCUCGGCGUCCUCCGAGGCCUCAGAAACCUGCCAGUCCGUGAGCGAGUGCAGCUCCCCCACCUCGGACUGGACCAAGGCCGGCCCCCACGAGCAGCCCCUGGGCGCCACCCUGCAGCGGAGGAAGGACCGGGUGGAGAUCCUGCGGGACACGGAGCCGGGCCCCGCCGGCGCAGGCCCGCUGGGCCCCGGUGGGGAGGAGGCCCCUCGGCCCCGCAUGUCCCCCGCCACCAUCGCAGCCAAGCACGGAGAGGAGGUGUCCCCCGCCGCCAGCGACCUGGCCAUGGUGCUGACCCGCGGCCUGAGCCUGGAGCACCAGAAGAGCAGCCGGGACUCCCUGCAGUACUCGAGCGGCUACAGCACGCAGACCACCACGCCCUCGUGCUCCGAGGACACCAUCCCCUCCCAAGGCUCAGACUACGACUGCUACUCCGUGAACGGGGAUGCGGACAGCGAGGGCCCCCCCGAGUUUGACAAGUCAUCCACCAUCCCUCGCAACAGCAACAUCGCCCAGAACUACCGCCGCCUCAUCCAGACCAAGCGCCCGGCCUCCACCGCCGGGCUGCCCUCGGCCGGGCUGCCCUCGGCGGGGCUGCCCUCGGGCGCACCCCCCGGCGUGGCCACCAUCCGCCGCACGCCCUCCACCAAGCCCACCGUGCGCCGCGCCCUGUCCAGCGCCGGCCCCAUCCCCAUCCGGCCGCCCAUCGUCCCCGUGAAGACGCCCACGGUGCCCGACUCGCCCGGCUACGCGGGGCCCACGCGGGCGGGCAGCGAGGAGUGCGUCUUCUACGCGGAGGAGGCGGCCUCGCCCCUGGCGCCGGACCUCGCCAAGGCCUCCCCCAAGAGGCUCAGCCUGCCCACGGCCUGGGGCGGCCCGUCCCCCGAGGCGGCCGGCUACCCCGGGGCGGGCGCGGGGCUCGCCGCCGAGGACGACGAGCAGCAGCUGGCCGCCAACCGCCACAGCCUGGUGGAAAAGCUCGGGGAGCUGGUGGCCGGCGCCCACGCCCUGGCCGAGGGGCAGUUCCCCUUCCCCACCGCCCUGGCGGCCACCCCGGCCGAGGAGACGCCCGCCCCGCCCCCGGCCGCCGCCGGCGACCCCCCGGCCGAAGACAUGCUGGUGGCCAUCCGCCGGGGGGUGCGGCUGCGCAGGACCGUCACCAACGACAGGUCGGCACCCCGCAUCUUAUGAUGGCGCCGCCCUCCCCACCCGGCGUGGCCUGAUGCGGGCCGGUGGCUGGGCGGGUGACAGCGGCCGCUCCCAGCCAGAGCCCGGCCAGGAGCCACAGCGCCGCCACAGCGGGGACCGGGCCAAGCCACUCUGCAGAAAGAGCCCCCCAGGCGGGACGCCGCGCCGGAGGCGGGGUGACUCCCCCCGCCAGCCGCGCCCCGCGGAGCCUGCGGGCCUCUCGCUGGCUGCAGAGCCCGUUUUAUACUCUCCCCGCCUAGUCUCCUCUUCCUCCCUGCACACCCCGCCUCCCCCAAACCCUGAGCCCGCGAGCAAGGGCUAGGCCAGCCUUCCUCCGCCUCCCCAGCCCCACCUGGCCUGGGGGCCCCAGAGCCACGGAGCCCCACAUCCUUGAAUGCUGGCUCCCCCUCCUCCUCCCUGCCUGAGCCCCUCCUUUCCCCUCCCCCCUCCCCGCCUCUCCGCGGUCCUCCUGGUGCCGGGGACGGGGUGGCUGGGCACUGGCUGGUACCCGAGGGACUGAGAGUCCAGUUGGCGGCCGGGGUUAGGGGAGCAGGUUGGCAUUAGGAGGCCAGGCUCCCCUGUGGGGAAGGGAGCCCAGAGGCCCAAAAGCGGGGUCUUGGGGGGAGGAAACGUAGGGGUGUGUAAGGAAGGUUUAGGAUCCUGCCGUGUUCCUGCCCUGUGAAGGGCCGGGCGGAGCACAAAGAACCCCGAGGCCCAUGGGGUGACAUGGCCGGCCACCGUGUCGAGGCGCCGUCUCGGAUGCCCCAUCCUCUGGGCGUACUGAAACUCUCACUGGUGGCAUUUUCCGGGGGUCACAGUUGCAUCCACUCCAGGGGACGGGGGCUGGAGCAGGACAGGGCGUGGGGGGACUGGGGGGCGGGGAAGCUGGUGGUACAGGGUGUGUGUCUUUGAGUGCCUGAGAGACAGAUGGGGCCUUCGGGGCCUGCGGCAGGAGGAGAAGGACGGGAUUGGGUCCCCCAAAGCCAGGGGGGCCCCCCUUGUUCUCUCCAGCGUCUCAAGUGUCGUCGUGGGCCGGACGGGGCGGGCCGGGGCUCCUCCGGGGCUGCCCUUGAGCCCAGGGAGAUUGGCUUUGACUCUCUGUUGCCAGAGGAGAUGCCAUGCCUCGAUGGUCCCCGCUGCAGACCUGGCCUGGGCUAGCAGGGGGGCCAGAGAGAGGAGUGGGGCCGCGUCCCACCCCACGCCCCGAGUCAAGCCCAACCGAGCGGGUCAAAGCAUGUGAGCCUAGGGCAAGAGGAGGCAGUGUGGUGGCCACAGGGUAGUAGAGGAAGCAGCGGCACCCCAGGGCUGCGGCGCCGGGGUGGGGGGGGGCCCCCCCGAGAGUGGCUGGCCUUGGUCUGGGUGGAAUAAGUCCGGGCCGGUCCAGGCUCAAGCUCCUGGGUGCUCAUGUGCCAUAAACGGGGACCUUGGCAGGAGAGCCAGGUGCGCCCCAAGUCCCAGGGAGUCCUUUGUGGACGGCGUCCCCCGGGGCUCCCCAGAGCUGCUAGAGACGGGGCCCUGCAGGUCUGUAGGUCUGAGAACGGCUCCGCUGGGCGCCUGGUCCAUCAAACUCAGAAGGUUCCAGAAGCCCAGAGGUGGGGGCCCGAGGGGCAGGUGGUCAGCUGGGGGCUCCCUAGGGUGGGUUUGCAGCUGCACUUUGUCCGCCCCAUGGGGAGGUUGUCUGGUGGGCUGAGGGAGAAGGGAGACAGGAUGGGGGGGGGGGUCGGCAGGGGUGUGCCAGGGCCUGGGGGUCCCUGUGAGGCUCUCGCUGCCUCCCGGGGGGCCCCCCUGCUCCCCAGGGCUGUACAUACUCCACCCCGCCCCUGCUCCCGCGUCCUGACCACCGCGUCCCCCGCCCCCUUGGGAUCCGAGCCAACCAUCCCACAUCUCGCAAACUUUGGUUUGGGGGACUUCUUUACGUUCAUUUUUAUUUUUCAUUUUGUACAGAGAAAUAUUCUUUUCAAAAGCGUCUUUUGACUGAAGUAACUUUUCUGGUGCUGUUGUUAACUUGUUCCUUUUUUUUUUUUUUUAAUUUAUUUUCCCACCCCAGGUCAUCUCUCCUGGUUCCUCCUCAUCCUCCCCCUCCCCCAGUACCCCAGUCCUCCCUAACCACCCCCCCAUCCCAUCCCAUCUGGACCAUUUCGUUUCUUUUCUUUCUGUCAGUUUCUGGACAAAUUCUCCUUCCCUCCCCCCCCCGCCCCCACCCCUCACGUCAUCCUUCCCUCGAUUUAAAUAGUCACUGCUACAAGUAACAAAUGCACUGUGAAGAUUCCAGUAUUAAUAAAGUGGUACUGUAGUU